AUAGUGAUGGCCGCUCUCACGGUACUGUGCAGGGUUUGUGCGCUUCUCCGCUAAAAGAAACAGUUUUCUUUUUUUUUUUUUGGUAGAAAAUCGUCCAAGAGCUCGUUUAGAUUUCAACACUGAGGGGGAGAGACCGGGUAACUCCCAACACCGAGACUGUGUCUCCAAGACGCUGUGGUUUGAAAGGUGACCGAAUGUGUUUUAAAGCGUUCUUAGGGUUUUUUUCUAUUUUAUUUUGCUGAAAGUGCGUUGUAUUGUUGUGGGUAAAUGGAGCCGACCCGCGGUUUGGGAUCAGAGAAGUUCCAUCUCCCGCGGCCCACAAAGACUUAAACUCCGCCAUAAUCACGUCAAAGCGUCUCUUCGGUUAUUUAAUGAGUGUAGUUCGAAGUCCGGUCGUUUUCGCCUUUAUGUCCAUGUUGUCCGUAAUAAAGUGCGGGGCCGCGUUCGGGCCUGCUCCUCCUGCUGCUGCUGCUGCUGCGGGCUAGCCAGCUAAGCUACUUCACCGCCCAGAGAAUCGACAGACGGCUCCUCAUUGGCAAAUAAGCUAGCUAAACUAGCCAGCUAGUCGGCUAGCUCGAAAAUUUGACGUAUUCGUCGUCCAUCUCAUGUCACUUGCCAUAAAUCCUAGCAGGUUGUUUACUGAUGGACACCCCUGAGAGCCCCACUCAGUCUCCACAAUCUCCAGAUGAGGAGGAGAAAGGCUUCUCCGACAGCGAACUUCUGGAGUCGCCGGAGUCGCCUGCAGAGGACAGCAACAUGGUCUCCGAUAGCGAGUUACUAAAUGAUGGAGAAGGAGGAGACGCAGACUCAGAUUUUGAUGAUGAAGGGCAGGUUGAGUUGGGUGGUGGAGCUCAAGAGGACAUUUCUGACCUGGAAGAAGAUGGAAUGGAUGGAAGUGGAAGGGUCCAACAGCAAGAGAGUGUCAUGAUGGAAUGCAGGCAGCGUGUGAGCCAACUAGCUGAACAGGAAGGAGAGGAAGAGAUCCUGGAGACACCCAGAUCACCAGACCCUGAUUCUCCAGAGCCAGACCUAGAUCGCCCAUUCACCCCUACUGAUGGUGAGCAGGAAGAUGGCGUAGAGGUGACCACCAGGUCCAGCUUGAGUCGCCAAGAGCUGGAUGAAGAUGAGGAGGAGGAGGAAAGACGACGCCGGCGGCUUAUGGUAGUCAGCGAUCUGAAGCAGGAUUCACCCUCUGUGUCUAGAGAUUUGGACGAGCACGAGCUUGAUUAUGAUGAGGAAGUGCCAGAGGAGUCUACCACAGCCGCUCCAGAAGAAGAAGACACGGAGAAGGGGCCUGCCACUGAGGAUGGGGAUGAAGAAGAUGAAAAAGUUGAGAAAGAGGUUAAGAGAAAAAAGGAGAGGAAUCCGAUCUUGCCCCCUGAUGCUCAAUCUAAACAAUCUGAAGAGGCUACAGGCCAAGAUAGGGGAAGGAGGGAUUCAUUUCGUGACAAAAAGAAAGAUGAAGAUGAUGGAGAGAUUGAUGAAGGAGAAAUUGACGAUGAUGAUCUUGAGGAAGGUGAAGUAAAGGACCCCACAGACAGAAAGAUCCGACCCAGACCCAUCUGCAGGUUCUUUAUGAAAGGUAACUGCACUUGGGGAAUGAUCUGUAGGUUCAUUCACCCAGGAGUCAACGACAAAGGCAACUACUCCCUCAUUGCCAAGCCAGAUCCUUUCUCUCCAAAUGGAGCUCCUCCUGGAGGCGGAGGCCCUCUUCCACUUAUGCCCUCCAACCCCUGGACCGCUCCUCCUGUAGAGGAGUUGCCUCCUCCACCCCUACCCCUGGAGCCUCCAGUGGAGAGUGCUUGGGAAAGAGGUCUCCGACAUGCCAAAGAGGUAUUAAAGAAAGCCACAAUACGCAAAGAACAGGAGCCUGACUUUGAGGAAAAACGCUUCAAUGUUACCAUUGGUGAAGAUGAAUGGGAAUUUGACAAAGAAAACGACUUCUUCAGGGAACGAGGCUAUCGCAUUACAAGGGAAAUCAGAGACCCUAGUGAAGUAGAAUUCAGAGACCCGGUAUAUGGCGACCCAUAUGGCGAUCCAUAUUAUGACUAUGAAAUGGAGGCUCUGUGGAGAGGUGGCCAGUACGAGAACUUCAGAGUGCAGUACACAGAGACACCUCUGCCAUACCACUUCACCGAUCGAGAGAGAGAUCCCCGUGAGCGGCACAGAGAGAGGGAGCGUGAGCGGGAUAACCGUGAGCGAGAGCGCAGGCAGAGGGAGCGCGAGAGGGAACGAGAGCGGGAGCGUGAAAAAGAGCGGUUGCGCAGGAAGGAAGAGUGGGAGCGAGACCGCCUGAAACGAGACGAGAAAGACGGAAAACCAAGAGAGCGUCCAUUAAGAGAACCACGUGAGAAGAAAGAAGAAAAGGAUAAGCCUCUUAAACCACGCUCACCUAUUAGUAUGCCACCCAGAGGGCCAAUGGAAUCACAGCCAAAAAAGGAGACUGUGCCCAUGGUAAAGCGGCCGGAUGAAUGGAAAGACCCCUGGCGCAGGUCAAAGUCUCCAAGGCGCAGACCUGGCCUCAUGGGAUCCCCACCACGUGGACGCAGACGGCAUAGGCCGUCUGGCUCAUCUGUGUCACUUUCUAACUCAUCACGGUCAUCAUCACGGUCUUCUUCAUAUACGGGAUCCGGUUCCUCCCGUUCGAGGUCACGCUCACGGUCUUCAUCACUCAGCUCUUUCUCCACUCACUCUUCGCAACAUAGCUCUUUUUCAGGCAGCCGAACCAGAUCAAGAUCCUACUCAUCAUCUGCCUCCCCUACGCCUUCUGCCCAGAGAAAUGUAGGCAAGAAUAAAACAGAGCAGCCUCCUGGAGUAGUAAAAAGCCACCCACUGAAGCCUGGAACGAUGCCCCCUCCCCGCAGGGAUAAAGGCCCCUCCAAGAAGAUGCCCAGUCCCUCAAUGCCAGGCAAACCUCUGAAACCCUUAACAGAAGGAGUUAAACCUCCCAGCAUUCGUGAUGUGGGGAGACCAGCUGCACAAAGAGAACCAGUAAAACCACCCAAUGUGAGAGAGGGCCGCAGGAAAGAACGGCUGCCGAAUGAUCCUCGCAGGAGGACAAUAAGUGGCAGUGUGAGUGGCAGUGGCAGCAGCUACUCAGGCUCCACUUCCAGAUCUCGGUCCUCUUCUGCCUCCGUUUCUCGCUCUCGGUCUGGAUCCCACAAGUCAAGGUCUCUCUCAGUGAGCAGCGUAUCAUCAGUGUCGUCUGCCUCCUCCAGCAGCAGCUCAGUGCGCAGUGCUGAUUCUGAUGAUAUGUAUGCUGACCUGGCCAGCCCUGUGUCCUCAGCUAGUUCCCAUUCACCUACUCCAGGUCAUACACGCAAGGAGAGAGGACUCCCACGAGACAGGGAGGCCAAUAAAGACAGAGGAAAACCCACAAAAAAAGAUGAAACCUUUAAAGAACAAAGAAAGAGGAUUGAUCAGUCUGGCAUGCCGCCCAAAACUGACUCAGGCAUGCCCAGAUCUGCACCUGGAAACCGGGGACACCCGAUGAAUGCGCCACCCGUGGGUCCUGCAGGGGGGGGUUAUGGCUCUCAUAAGGACAUCAAACUGACCUUGCUCAACAAGCAACAAGCAGACAGAAGCAAUAGGAAGAGGUACUUCCCUGCAGACAAAGAGAGACCAACAUCUCCUCUCAGCAAAAGAAUGGCACUGUCUCCUGAUAGAGAUCGAGAGCGAAGACCUGGACGACCACCGCUCUCACCUAGAAUGGACCGGCCAAGAGGUCAGGGGCCCCGGCCCAUGCCUCCACAGGGAGACAGGAAGCGUCCCCAGUCCCCGCCACCCAAGUCUUCUGGGAAAGGCCUUACUGUAUCUGCCGGUAAAGCUCCAGCCCCUGCCCCAGUCUCGGGCAAACCCAGCAGCACUCUAUCCCGCCGGGAGGAGCUGCUGAAGCAGCUAAAGGCCGUGGAAGAUGCCAUCGCUCGCAAGAGGGCUAAAAUCCCAGGGAAAUGAGAAGCAGGCCAGAACCUGCAACAUCUGGUUUCCAAGCCAUCAGUCACUGAGGACCUCUAAAAGUCGUUUUGGAAGUGGAUUAAACCGUUCAUUGUGUUUAAAAUUACAGACAUCCAAGUAGCUCUCAAAGAACACCGCUACAUCACUCAAACAUUUCCCCUCAGCGAGAGGUUGUCUACAUUUUAUAUUAAUGUGAUAUUGUAGUGGAGUGACUGUUCACUCUUAUUCUGUUAUUGCAAGAAGAUGGAAGCUUUACUGUAGUGUCUCUAUGCUGAGAAAAAAAAAAUGAACUAUUGAAUUGUUUCUCUCCCGUCGUCUCUCUCCAUUUUGCUCAAUUAUUCAUUUUUUUGUUAAUAGUUCAUAUCAUGGUCUUUUGAUCCAAAAUGUAGGUUUUGAUCAUCAAGAAGAACCGCUUUACUGAGACUGACUUCUUUUAUGAACACACCACCUGUCUAGCUUAAGAUCUGACCAUGAAGAACUCGAGGUCCCCUUGUUUCCAUCUUAACUAGUCAGUUGUCUGUUUAGCAUUUCCUGACUGUGUUUUGUUUCUGAAUGUGUACAAAUAUUAUAAGUCAGUUGAGGAGAAGCCCCUCUUGAAGUGUAUGAAACUAGAGAACAAAUGAUGUGAUGUAUUGCUUUUAUAAGACUGCAAUGUUUUUUGUUUUUUUUUUGUUGUUGUUUCUCUAGCUCAAGUUAAAAAAAAAAAAAAAAAAAAAAACUUUUAUUUUGUUCCUUAUUUUUGAUGAGCAAGAGUCUGUCUUUGAGACACUCUGAGAUAGGGAAGAAUAAUAUCUUGCUUUUUGUGACAGAAAAAGCUUCUAAAUAAACUAUUUUGAUAAAGAGAA